CGCCGCCCCGCCCACUGUGCCGCUGGGACGGGGACGCGGACGGCCAAAGCGAUGGUGCCCCAUCUGGUCCCCAGGUGGCCUGCAUGGCUCUUCCGGUGGCGGACAGCCUGCACUCCGCCAUGCACUCCGGGAGCCUCCAUGCAGCAGAGGACAUGGGCAGGGGCAUCCAGGACCCCUGGCCUAGGCAGCCCUCGGGGGGCUGUGGGCACCAGCCCUCUGGACUGCAGAGGCAGCUCCUCCACGUCCUCCCGUGCCCCCGAGGUGAUGCUGACCCAGGAGCGCUACCCUGUGCAGCGGCUGCCGUUCUCCACGGUGGCUGAGGAAGACCUGGCUGCCUUUGAACGCAUCAUCCCCGGCAGGGUCAUCACAGACCCGGAGGAGCUGGAGGCUUCAAACGUGGACUGGCUGAGAACCGUCCGAGGCUGUAGCAAGGUGCUGCUGAGGCCCCGGACGACAGAAGAGGUGUCUCACAUCCUCAGGUACUGUCACGAGAGGAACCUGGCUGUGAACCCGCAGGGGGGCAACACGGGCAUGGUGGGGGGCAGCGUCCCUGUCUUCGACGAGAUCAUCCUGUCCACUGCCCUCAUGAACCAGGUCAUCAGUUUCCACAGUGUGUCCGGGAUUCUGGUUUGCCAGGCGGGAUGCAUCCUGGAGGAGCUGAGCCAGUACGUGGAGGAGCGGGACUUCAUCAUGCCCCUGGACUUAGGCGCGAAGGGCAGCUGCCACAUCGGGGGAAACGUGGCCACCAAUGCGGGCGGCCUGCGGUUUCUGCGAUAUGGCUCUCUGCGCGGGACGGUCCUGGGCCUGGAAGUGGUGCUUGCUGAUGGCAGCGUCCUGAACUGCCUAACCUCCCUGCGGAAGGACAACACAGGCUAUGACCUGAAGCAGCUCUUCAUCGGGUCGGAGGGCACCCUGGGGGUCAUUACUGCCGUGUCCAUCUUUUGUCCGCCCAAGCCAAGGGCUGUGAAUGUGGCCUUCCUCGGUUGUCCAGGCUUUGCUGAGGUUCUGCAGACUUUCAGUACCUGCAAGGGGAUGCUAGGUGAGAUCCUGUCAGCCUUUGAGUUCAUGGAUGCCGAAUGCAUGCAGCUGGUGGGGCACCACCUCGGUCUCGCCAGCCCGGUGCAAGAAAGUCCAUUCUAUGUCCUGAUCGAGACCUCGGGCUCCAGAGCGGGGCAUGAUGCCGAGAAGCUAACCAGCUUCCUGGAGCAGGUGCUGGGCUCUGGCCUGGUGACCGACGGGACGCUGGCCACGGAUCAGAGGAGAAUCAAGAUGCUGUGGGCUCUGCGGGAGAGGAUCACCGAGGCGCUGAGCCGGGAUGGCUGUGUAUACAAGUACGACGUCUCCCUGCCCGUGGAGCGGAUCUAUGACCUCGUGAGCGACCUGCGCGCCCGUCUCGGCCCGCAGGCCAAGCACGUGGUGGGCUACGGCCACCUGGGCGAUGGCAACCUGCAUCUCAACGUGACGGCCGAGGCCUUCAGUGCGUCGCUGCUGGGCGCCCUAGAGCCCUACGUGUAUGAGUGGACGGCUGGGCAGCGGGGCAGUGUCAGCGCCGAGCACGGCCUGGGCUUCAAGAAGAGGGACGUCCUCGGCUACAGCAAGCCGCCUGCAGCCCUGCAGCUCAUGCAGCAGCUCAAGGCCCUCCUGGACCCCAAGGGCAUCCUGAAUCCCUACAAGACACUGCCCGCCCGGGCCUGACGGCGCCUGGUGGGGUCAGUGGGAGAGGCAGGAGGGACCCUGGUCUGGUUUUGGCUUUGCCUAUUGGGAUGCGCCUGCAGGGCUCGCAUGGGCCUGGUGGGCCUCCAUUCGGUGGAGCCAGCAGCAGCCGGGGUGACCCGGCCACUUGGUCAGAGGGGCCAGGAGCUGGCUCUGUGGAGCCGGGGGACACGUGGCUCUCAGGCAGCAUUCCUCUUGGCUGCUCUGCCUGGGCUCUUGGUGGGCACUCUCCGUCCCUUUGCAGGGCAGGAGCGAGGUCUCCUGCCAGCAUGUCCCUGGACAGGGAGAGCAGUUCUGCCCACUCAGAAAUAGACCAGGUCGUACCCCACUUUGCUGUGGACCCCUGGGGGUCCGCCUUGUGGCUACAGCCCUGAGGGGGGCACGAGUGUUCCUGCCGCUGGGUCCCCCAUGCAGUGUGAGCCCCUGUGGGCCCCUGGGCAGAGGUGAUGAGCUCCACUGAACAACCUGGAGCACUGUGAGGCUGGUGCAUCCGGGGCUGUGACCAACAGAGCCUGGAGCAUCAGAUGCUUUAUGGAUGGCUUAGGAUCCGUGACUGCUUGUGACAUUUGAGCCAGAGUGACAGGCAUGCCCUCCACCCUGGAAUGUGUCAUUUCCUCCGUUUUCUAGAAGGCUGUCAGUUGGCAAGACAGCUGUCAGAGGUUAAGCGUUUGUUUCUUGCACUUGGGAGUUGCUGGGCUGUGUCCACGGAGAUCAGCCUUUCUGGUUCCGCUUCUACGACAGCUGUCGGGAGUGUGGGGUGAGAAGCCUGACGUGCACAGUGUGGGCUCCUCUAGGGGGGGGUUUACACACAGCCCUCCUGUGUUCCUGCUGCUUCACUGACCCUGACUAGGUGCCUGUUGACCUGUGGCCCCCCGGGGCAGCUGCUGGGGCCGCGGAGAUGGUCUGGGGGGUUGGAUACAUGUUUCCUUUUUCUGUCUGUCAUGACCUCCAGUAAAAAUGGGGAUUAAUCACGACACUCUCUUUCCUUCUGUUACUAGAAAAAUAAUCUCGUAAAAGCCCAUAGUGAAGUGCCAUGUCCCCUAAGCACGGAACAUCGGGGGCGGACAAUGACCCCAGGCCUGACUGCCUAUCAGGGGUGGCCGUGCCCAUCCCCAGACCCUGCCCCCGAUGGCCACCAUGUCCCCCCACCGCCUGCCAUGUCCCCUGUUCCCAUCCCCACCGUGUAGCUGAGGGCCCUGUCUCCUCUGGCCUGUGAGGCUUGGUUUCAGGUGGGUUUCCUAAAGUUGUCGGAGGCGGGUUAGUUCAUGUUGUGAUGUGAAAUGAGGGGGCUGUGUGGUUGCAAGAUGACUUUCAAUAAUAGUUUUAUGGCUGAGUGAGUUUAUUUUGAAGAAUUAAAAUCAUGCACGAGAUAUUAAAAGGCUUUAAAUUUU